ACACCUCUCGUCUGGAAUGUACCCCGAAUAGCAUUAAGAGAGAGGUGAACUCAAGUUCUGGCUUGUCACCAACUCCCUGAUUGCCCACGGCUGGACCCGUCCUCUUUCUGACUUUCAUUCUGACCGUGGCGUGAAGGAGCCGAACCAACGUGUCACGGGGAUGCCUCCUGCUCCGAGAUCGGAGUUUGAGUUCUCCGUCUCCACAAGGUGGUUGAACAGUCUGGCUGAAACCCUGUUUCCUGCUCAGCCUAACGCAUUUCUGCUAGAAUUGUAGGCGUGGCCCUCUGGCUACACGUGUCUGCGUGUGAAUUGUCCUCACCCCUGUGUAUCUACACACCCAAGAGGAUUUCUCUUCUGUAGCAGUUCCAGAAAGAACUGCAGGGCCAGAAGACCCUGUGUUCCAGGCCCAGAAUCAGCCAUGGGGGCCCGGGCCGUUGACACUGACACCAACAUCCUCUCUGGCAUGGAGAGCAACACCACGGGGGUCACGGCCUUCUCCAUGCCUGCCUGGCAGCUGGCCCUGUGGGCCACAGCCUACCUGGCCCUGGUGCUGGUGGCUGUAACAGGCAACGCCACAGUCAUCUGGAUCAUCCUGGCCCACGAGAGAAUGCGCACGGUCACCAACUAUUUCAUCAUCAACCUGGCCCUGGCAGACCUCUGCAUGGCAGCCUUCAACGCCACCUUCAACUUUGUCUAUGCCAGCCACAACAUCUGGUACUUUGGCCGAGCCUUCUGCUAUUUCCAGAACCUCUUUCCCAUCACAGCCAUGUUCGUCAGCAUCUACUCCAUGACUGCCAUCACUGCUGACAGGUACAUGGCCAUCGUCCACCCCUUCCAGCCGCGGCUCUCGGCCCCCAGCACCAAGGCGGUUAUCGCUGGCAUCUGGCUGGUCGCUCUGGCUCUCGCCUCCCCACAGUGCUUCUAUUCCACCAUCACCGUGGACCAGGGAGCCACCAAGUGUGUGGUGGCCUGGCCCAAUGACAAUGGAGGCAAGAUGCUCCUUCUGUAUCAUCUGGUGGUGUUUGUCCUCAUCUACUUCCUGCCCCUCGUGGUGAUGUUCGUGGCUUACAGUAUCAUCGGCCUCACGCUGUGGAAACGCGCCGUCCCCAGACAUCAGGCUCACGGCGCCAACCUGCGCCAUCUGCAGGCCAAGAAGAAGUUUGUGAAGGCCAUGGUGCUGGUGGUGUUGACCUUUGCCAUCUGCUGGCUGCCUUACCACCUCUACUUCAUCCUGGGCAGCUUCCAAAAGGACAUCUACUACCACAAGUUCAUCCAGCAGGUCUACCUGGCACUCUUCUGGCUGGCCAUGAGCUCCACCAUGUACAACCCCAUCAUUUACUGCUGUCUCAACCACAGGUUUCGCUCUGGGUUCAGGCUUGCUUUCCGGUGCUGCCCCUGGGUGACGCCAACUGAGGAAGACAGACUGGAGCUGACUCACACUGCAUCCCUCUCCAGGAGAGUCAACAGGUGUCACACCAAAGAGACUCUGUUCAUGACCGCGGACAUGACCCACUCUGAGGCUACCAAUGGGCAGGUUGGGAGUCCCCAGGAUGGGGAGCCUGCUGUACCCUGAAGACUUGAGCCUGUCUGCAGGGCCAGGCUUAUCCCCUUUGAGAAGCAGCUGGUAGAAAAUCCCUAACGUAAUAGCUUGUCCCACACUCCAUUCUUCAACACACCCAUAGAAAAGCAAGAUGGUGCCCAGAGCCCCACGGGCAAUGCUAACACAAAGAGCUCAGGGCUCACACACCCGCCAUAAGUACUCCAGGGACUGAGGAAGGAGCCAGGAAGACUGGGAGCCAGCAUUGGCCAAUCUAGGAGCCGCAAAGUGAAAUGUCUCCCUGGAGUAUAGAAAGGGAUGGGUAAACUGGAUCCCAUCGAAGAUAACUGCAGUUGUCACGAGAAGAGGCAGCCGAAGGGAACACGAGAUGGCUCAGUGAGAUGGUAAAGGCACUCGCUGCCAAGCCUGGCAAUCUGAGUUCAACUCCUUGAACCCACGUGAAAGGAAAGAGCCAACUCCUGCAAGUUGUCCCCUGACCUCCCCAAGUGUGUAUGUGUACACACGCAUGUUAAAAAGGAAAAAAAAAAGGGCGUCCUUGUGGGGCAGUGGUGGCAUAUGCCUUUAAUCCCAGCAGAGGCAGAGGCAAGCAGAUCUCUGUGAUUUUGAGGCCAGCCUGGUUUACAGAGUGAGUUCCAGGCUAGCCAGGACUACACAGAGAAACCCUGUC